UUUGAUUGCUCAGAAUACGGAAAUGGGUCUUGCCCUGAAAAUGAAAGGCCACUGGGUGUCCGAGCGGCAAUGUAUUCAUUUAUGUCAGGAGCUAUAUUCAUCACGGUUUUUGGCAAUCUUGCAAUGAUAAUUUCCAUUGCUUACUUCAAACAACUUCACACACCAACCAACUUCCUCAUCCUCUCCAUGGCAGUCACUGAUUUUCUCCUGGGAUUCACCAUUAUGCCUUACAGCAUGAUCAGAUCAGUGGAGAAUUGCUGGUAUUUUGGGCUCACAUUUUGCAAGAUUCAUUAUAGUUUUGAUCUAAUGCUUAGCAUAACAUCCAUCUUCCAUCUUUGCUCUGUGGCCAUUGAUAGAUUUUAUGCUAUCUGCUACCCUUUACGCUAUUCCACAAAAAUGACGAUUCCAGUCAUUAAAAAAUUGCUCCUUCUCUGUUGGUCCGUCCCUGGAACAUUUGCAUUUGGGGUGGUCUUCUCAGAGGCUUACGCUGCGGGAAUAGAAGGCUAUAGCCUAUUGGUUGCUUGUUCCAGCUCCUGCCCAGUGAUGUUCAACAAACUCUGGGGAACCACCUUAUUUAUGGCGGGUUUCUUCACUCCUGGGUCGGUGAUGGUGGGGAUUUAUGGCAAAAUAUUCUCAGUAUCCAGAAAGCAUGCCCGUGCAAUUAAUACUCUGCCAGAAAAUCAAAACAGUCAAAUAAGAAAAGACAAAAAGGCGGCCAAAACAUUAGGAAUAGUGAUGGGUGUUUUCUUAUUAUGUUGGUUUCCCUGUUUCUUCACCAUAUUGUUGGAUCCCUUUUUGAACUUCUCUACUCCUGUAGUUUUGUUUGAUGCUUUGACAUGGUUUGGCUAUUUUAAUUCCACCUGUAAUCCUUUAAUCUAUGGUUUCUUUUAUCCCUGGUUUCGAAGAGCCCUUAAGUACAUUCUGCUAGGCAAAAUUUUCAGCUCACAUUUCCAUAAUACUAACUUGUUUACUCAAAAAGAAACUGAAUAG